AUCGUCGUGCGAAGAUAUCGAUCGUUAAAAAUUCAUAGAAAAUUUUGAGAGAAAUAAUGCGAAAAUGAUAAAAAUUUAUACCACACUCGUAUCGCAACUCUCGUGUAAGAUGCACGCGAUAGAAGAGCGUUAUUACAAGAUCAAUCAAGUAAUUCUUAAGACACUUGGCUUAUGGCCUUAUCAGCAGUCGUAUCUCACGCAAAUACAUAAAGUGCUGUUUGCCGGUAUUCUUUUAACAUUUAUUCUUGCCCAGUUGCUGGUAUUUAUUACGACCCAAUACAAUAUAAAUCUUUUUCUCAAGAUUCUGUCAAUCGUCUUUCCCACUCUUUUUGGCACUAUAAAGUAUGGCCUUUUUAUCAUUCAAGCAGAUAGUAUCAAGCAAUUAAUGGAGCAAAUCCGAAAUGAUUGGAGAUUGUUACAAAAUAAAUUGGAAAUUGAUAUUAUAGAGAAAUACGCUUACAACUCCAGACUUUUCACGGUGACUGUAAUGGCAUUCACUUUAUUAGGCGCAUCUUUUUGCGGAAUACUUCAACUUUUGCCGGUGAUCCUUGAUAUUAUAACACCGUUGAACGAAUCACGGCUCUGUCAACUUAUCGUAAUAACGGAAUACUUUGUUAACCAAGAGAAAUAUAUCUACGCUUUAUUGUUGCACGAGUUAAUAGCCGCUUUCAUAGUAAUAAUCGCAAUAUUUGGCACAGCUGCGACAAUUAUGAUGUACAUUUUGCACGCGUGUGCACUAUUUAAAGUAGCAAGCUAUCGAAUAGAGAACGCGAUUGAGAAAAGUGUAUUAGAGAUCUCUGGUCCUAGAAGAGAGUAUUUGCUUCACCAUAGGAUUGUACAUGCGAUUGUUAUACAUCGAAGGGCGAUCGAGUUUACCGAAUUUUUAACAUCCACUUUUAUGGUAUCAUACGCUAUUCUGAUCAUAGUUGGCAUCAGCUCUUUAAGUUUCAAUCUUUUUCAAUUUCUUCAAUUGGCAACAUUAACGAACAAUAACAGUGAGGCAUCUAUAUUCGCCGUAUUUAUAGUUACUCAUCUGAUAUAUUUGUUCUUCGCUAAUUAUGCCGGACAAGAAAUAACAGAUCAUGGCAUAAAGUUAUUUAAAGCAACUUAUAAUGGACUGUGGUAUGCAGCACCGUUGCAUACGCAGAAAUUGUUACUAUUUAUAAUGCGAAAAGGGACGAUAAAUGUCACUAUAGGAUGUGGCAGCAUAUUUAUUGCAUCUUUGGAAGGUUUUGCUAUGGUAAAAUUAAAAAUCUUUUAAUAACAAAAGAGAAUUGAACUAAUGUGGAUUUACGAUUAUGUGUCUUCCUCAGCUUACUAAUACGGCAGUAUCUUAUUUCACGGUAAUUUAUUCUACGAGAUAAUAAUCCGAGAAGGAAAAUUCAUUAUCACUCUGGUAGAUCUAUAUCUACCAGAAAUAAAUAUAGUCAUGCAGCAUAUGUACAUUAUAAAUUUUUGAUGAAUAUAGCUAAAGUAAUGUAUUAAAUAAACGUACAUUAUUUCAUUCCUGAUAAUUAUACAUACAAUACUAAAUUAGGCAAUACUAAUAAAUAGAUAAUCCAUCAAAGAGAAAAACAGGUACCUGAAUAACCUUGUUAAUCAGAUUAGGUAAU